AUGUUGUCUCGUCUGCUGGUGUUGUCGUCCUCCUCCUCUUGCUCUCUGGCACUUCGGCCUGCCGUGGCGUGGUUGGCAGGAGGCGGACAGCAUCAAUCCUCCUUCACAAGAACAACAUCAAUUCGAUACCAAAGCACAACUACUAGUACUCCGACGACCGACGAUGAUUCGGCCAUGGCACGAUCUCGUGCUCCCUUUCGAAUGCCUCGCAAUUCACCGGAUGAUUCCGUGCCUCAAGAUCUUGUUUCGUCGUGGAAUCAGUUGGGUCUAUGGACGGAAUUGGUCGAUUCCUUGACACGCGAUAUGAAACUGGAGGCUCCCACACCCGUGCAGAGUCUGGUGAUUCCGUCUCUGUUGAAGGAGAAUCCAGCCGAUACGGCAUUUUUGGCGGCCACGGGAAGUGGGAAAACACUCGCCUACUGCUUACCACUGCUCCAACAAUUGAAAACGACCGAAGUCUUUGGAGAUGAUGCCGACUCGUACGAAACACGAAAACCCAAACGACCUCGCUUACUCAUUAUUGCACCCACACGAGAACUGGUCACACAAAUUCGAGACGUUGUCAAAUUGCUGUGUCAUUCCAUCAAAUUGUCCAGUCACGCCCUCGUGGGAGGACAAGACUAUGGCAAACAACGCAAGGCACUCAAUCGACCCGUCGAUGUCGUGGUAUCCACACCGGGUCGGUUGCUCCAACACUGGAAGGAGGGCCAUGUCUUUUUUGGAGAUGUCCAGUACAUUGUCUUGGACGAAAUGGACACGCUCUUGGAGCAGGGCUUUCAAAAAGAAUUGCAACAACUUUUGUAUCCACUACUAUGGCAAAAACCUCUCCAAGAGGACAAUCCACUUCCCAAAGAAGGAGCCCCUCGUAUCAUUUUGACCUCGGCAACCAUGACACAGGCCAUUCAGAAAAUUGUCAGUCCCGGAGAGACGAAUCGGCGUUUGGCCGAUGCUGCCAUUACGGCCAAACGCCAUUUCACCAAACCUGGCAGCGAAAAGACCAAGGUGAUUCUACCCAAGGUGGAUAUUGUCAAGGCACCUGGCUUGCACAAGGCAGUGCCACGAUUGGAACAGAUCUUUGUCGAUGUGGGCAACAUUGACAAAAUCUCCUUAUUGGUGGAUAUCGUCAGUGCAGGCAAACGCGGCAAUGCGCUAAAGAAAACGGCGGGAAACCAAUUGACCAUGGUGUUUUGCAAUACGGCAGCGUCCUGUCGUGCCGCACAGUAUGCCCUCUCGGAGGCGCAGAUCGAUUCCCUCUCGUACCACGGAGAUCUCAAUUCCAUUGCACGCGCCGAGAAUUUGAAAAAAUUUCGAAACGCCGGAGAAGAUCCUGAAUCCACCGAACCGCGCGUCUUGGUGUGCACCGAUUUGGGAGCCCGUGGAUUGGAUGUCCCGCAGGUCGAUCAUGUCGUCAUGUUUGACUUUCCGUUGAAUUCGUUGGACUAUUUGCAUCGCAGUGGGAGAACCGCUCGUGGGGUCGCCGAUGCCACCACCAAAGGAAAAGGAAAGGUCACUGCAUUGGUCUCCAAGCGGGACAAGGUUCUGGCUGCUGCCAUUGAAAAUGCCGUCCUCAAGGGAGAACCACUCGAUGGAUUGUCCAGUCGAAAAUCAGACUACUUGCCAGGAGGCCGGCUGGACCACCGUCGUGAGACUAAUAGUAGGAAUGGACGUGGAGGUCCAAGGAAACAACAGCAGCAACGACGAGGGUUACACACCAAGGGCAAAGCUGGUGGGCAAUCAACUAGUAGAGGUCGCUGGUAG